CUACUGAAUUCAUCGGAACCGAUAACUAAUCAGGUUAUAUGCAUUGUGUCUACUUUAGAAUCGUGUUUGAAACAUGAAAAUCAAAUCGAAUGUGACAGAAUUAAACAGUUAAGUAAAACACCAGUUACAAAAAAAGCCAGAAUACGAUCAUGAGAAUGGUGUGCGUUUUGUCAGUGAAAAUGGUAGUAAUAAUGUAUUCAUUUCAUUUUCACAUGAACCUCAUUUCUAAAAUACCUUUGAUUAUUUAACAAAUCUUUCUGUACGUACCACUUUUUAAUAUCAACACUACAAAUGAAAAUAGAAAAUACUGAUCGUACUGAUCAUCAAACACAUGAUGAACACAAAGAAAAAGAAGGUUUGAGCAAAGAUGGAUCAAAAUAUUUGGGAAAUGUUUUAGACAUUUGCAGACAAUUUUGUCAUUCAAUUAAUUGGUUGCUACCAAAAUGUGACAAACGGAAUUUUGACAAAUCAACACGACAGACCGAAUCAGACCUUACUUUAUCAGCACUAUAUCGCCAGAAUUUAUAUGGAUUAAUAUUUGGAAUAGUGCUUGGAUUUAUUGUUUAUGGUUUGUUUGUUACUGUAUUAGAUCAACAUCCAUUUGUUUCAACACUAUCAAGUGCUUAUAUUAUAAUGUUGUCAAUAUAUGCCUUUUCAGCAAAUUUCCGAUGUAUCGCACUAAUGACAUUUCCUUAUUUAGCUUCAGGUGAUGUAAGAUGUUUAAUACUACUAUAUGCUUCUGAUUUAUGUAUAUUUGAGUUAGGUCAAAGUUUUUUAUACAAUUUUGAAGUGUUCACAAGUUCAUUUGAUUGUAUUAUCUCGAAAAUUGAUCAAAGUUUAUUUACUGUACAUGAACUGAAUCGUCCUUUGUUUAAUGCCUUCAAUGUUUUACUUGGAAGAUUAGUUCAUGACUUUAAUUCUAUGUUACAGUAUAUACGUUCAGUGCUGACAGAUAUUAAUUUUAAUACAAUAAAAAUUUUUUCAGCAAUUGAUUAUGGUAACGGAGAGAUUGAUAAACUAUAUAAACGGUGCAUUAACUCUGAUGCUCAUUACAAUUUAUGUGCAGAAUUUUUACAAAGAGCUUUUAUAAUGUGUCGCACUGAGCUAAAAAUAUUUGUAGGUGAUUUGAGUGAUCAGUCUGUACAAAGGGAAUUUCAAAGUGCUUGUCUCUACCUAAAAAAUAACCAAGAUACAAUAUGCAAUAAUAUACAAGUAUCUACUGAUUCAUGCUAUGACUUCAGUGAAUUUAUAGCAAAUAGUUCGCACUCAUCAACUGCAAAGAAUAUGACAGACAGAAUGGAGAGGAUAAUAGAUGUUAUUGGAAAGGAAAAUGUAACUUUCCUAUUAAAUUCUGAUGAACUUGAUCGAGUGGCUAGUGAAGUGGAUGAAGAACUGACUGAUUUUAAGCAUUCACAUAGUGGCUUGAGACAAUUUGAAGAAAUGAAAUUUCUAAUUUCUUCGCUUUUAUUUCUGUGGACAAUGUACACCAUGAUGCAGUUAAUUGUGAAAUCAACUGUAUUUAGAAACUGUUGGUUGAAUAAGAUAUCAUUUGAUAAUCAUUAUAUAACUCCAGAAUAUAUUCGGCAGGAGAAACAAGCAGUUCAACAAGGUCAUCGUCCAACACUUCCACUAACACCUGAUGAAUCGGAACAUUAUAAAAUGUUAUUUGAUUUGAGUUGGAGUCAUCGUGAGAAGAGUACAAUAACUAAUGCAAACAUACUCCAUAACAUGUGGAUAUUUAUCAUCAUUAUGAUUAUAUUAUUUAUUCAUGCAAUGAACAGUUGUUUACUUUCUCUAGCCCUUUUAAUCUCACAUGAUUUUUUUCAGUCUAAAAGAAUUUUUAAAGAUUAUUUAAAUACUGAUCCUUUGAAAUUAAACGACGCUCCAAAGUAUUCAAUUUUUUUUAAUGGUGCAUUCUAUCAAAAUUUUUUGUAUGAUAUCAUCAAUGCUCGACUUCAACUCAAACAUAGAAUGUUAUAUAAGAAAAUUAUAUCAUGUCGACCAUCAGUAAAUUCACUGCAUUUUAAUAACAUGCUAAUUGUAACAUUAAUAGUUCUGACAAUUUUAAGCCAAUUAACCGAAGUAUACUUGAUGAGACUGCGCCAUAUCAUUAUGAUGUGGUAUUAUCCGCAAAAGUCAUAUCGUCGAAGUGUAUGGUUACGUGAGCAUAUUAACAUCAAACGUGAUGCUAAAACUAAAAAUGAACCUGGUUAUUGUCUUAUGAAUAAUUCGGAACUGCAUCAAGAAUUAUACACAUUUAAUAACAAUGUUAGUAGGCAAUAUUUUUCAAACUUCAAUGUACAUAAUUCCGAAGAGAAUAAUUCCAACCGACCUGAAUUUGAUCUGAAUCUAUGCCCCAUAUGUCAAAAUGAUCUUGUAUGCGAGAAAUGCCGUACAUUAUUAGGCUUGAAAUAAUGACGAAUGGGUUUAGAAGAACAAUUAAACUAAGAAUUCAGAGUAUCGAUAGAGUUGACCAAUUUCUAAGCUAAUUUAUUGAUAAAUCCACAGUGGUUCAAUUUAACCGAAUAUCACUUACAGAUUAUUUCACUUUUUUUUUUGAAGAAAGUAAAAACAAAGAUUGGUACAGUUAUAGUAUGAAUUCAUUUUAUUUCGUUAAGUCCCUCAUCUAGCAGACGAAUACUCAAUUUUUUGAAAUUUGCCAAAGCUGUCACCAUCAAACUUCUGAAAUUGGAUUUUUGUUCAAAAAAAAACCCAGUAAUAAAUGUGUCCUCUAUUACAUCGUCUUUUAUUUUAAAUCUUUCUCGUAAUUU